AUGGGUCAUAACAAGAGCUUCUCGACGACGGUGGAGGAUGACGACUUCGAGUUCGACGAGGCAUACUUCAGACAGUUCUACAAGCCGCUUUCGAAUCUUCCUACGCCGCCACCCUCGUCCCGAAACUCCUCGGCAGCCCAAAGUCCGCAGAUGGUCGCCGAAGAUGCAGAGAGCCUCAACUCCCAGUUUCUAGGCCCCGCCGCCCACCUCGCGAGAAUGUUGCCUCCAGGAGCUUCUUUCAUUACGCCGUCUACCUCUAAUGUCGAAAACAUGCUAGCACGUGCGAACCUGCCGAUGGAUAUUGUGGCCCUCGCAGUGUGCAUCUUGGAUUCUCUGAACUCGAGGUUCUCACGCAAUUGGCGGGUGUCAUUCCCUUUGAACCGGCAAGGCCAGACGGCUUCGAAGCGGCACACGCUACCCUCGGGCCCCGUCCAGGCCACCCACAUCGACUACGUGUUCCCCGAGAUAAUCAUCCUCGCAGCCCUAAUCAUCGCCGACAAGUUUGUGGAUGACCUGCAGGAGUCGACCCAGUACUACGGCUCCGUAUGGGGAAUGAACCUCUGGUCCUGCGAGCAGAUCAACUUCACCGAGCGCUGCAUCAUGGAAAGCCUGGGCUACCGCAUUCUGCCGCUCUGGGAAUCGACGCCGAUCAAGCAGGCCCGGCACGACAUCGAGAUGGCCAGGCGGGAGAUUCUGCAAGAGCGCACGGCGAUAGUAGCGGGGAACGAGACCAGGAAGCACUUUAAGUCGAUGAGUUCGGGACACGCCGUCGUGGGCCUGGGCCUCCAGCUUACACCCGCCGAGACGCCGACGUCGGGAAUAAGCUCGCCUUUUGGGCAGCUCCAGGACCUAGGGCAGGAAUCGCGCGAAGCUUUCAGCAGAAGUACGACUGUCCCGCAGGAUUACCUGCAUCUACCUUAUUGA